AUGGGUGAUUCCAGUGAAAAGUGGCCGGAGCCAGUCUCCUCCCUUCAGUCAAUGCAGCUUGAUCUUCCGCCCAGUUGCAUCGAAUUUUGCCCGUCUGCGCCGUCAUACUUUCUGAUCGGAACGUACAACCUGGAGGGAUACGAAGGGCCCGCUGCUGCGCAAACUGCUGAAGCGAAGGAGGUGGAGGCGCAGGACGAGAACAUCGACAAAGACGAGGCUGCGGUGACAGGAGAGAAGGAGGGGCCACAAAACCGCAAUGGCAGCAUUCUUACAUUUCAGCUCGUGGCUGACCAGCUAGUCCACGUCCAGACGCUGAUGCAGCCAUCGGCCAUCCUCGACCUUCAUUUCAGCCCAGCACCAGGCAAGCAAGACAUGUGCGCCGCCGUCUCCAGCACGGCUACUCUGGCUCUGUUCCGGUUAAGUCUUGGGGAAACAGAACCCCUGAAGCAUCUCAAGACCAUGGACAUGGCAAGUAUGUGCAAAACGGCGGAGGACUGGCUAGGUGACAAGGACGAGGUCAUCUUCACCCACUUCAGCUGGCAUCCUACGAAGCCGGAUAUGGUUGCCGUAACCACAACUGCCGGCUAUGUACACCUAAUCUACCUCGGGAGAGACCUUGAUGGCAGCGACUGGGUGAUGCACCCUGAGCCGAUCCUCACUCACACCCUCGAGGCUUGGUAUGUAUCCAUCUCCCCGUCUCUCAGCCCCCCUGAAGAGGAAGAAAACGACUCGUUUCUGCUGUUAUCAGGAGGUGACGACUCGGCGUUGCGCUACCAAGUAUGCAAGCGCACCCGGAGCGCGCAUGCGAUGGAGGACGAUGAAUCGGAAAGCCCCUAUACUAUCGAGGCGCUCCGUCCGCCUGUCAACGUGCGAGACCAUGGUGCUGGAGUGACGGCGAUACUGCCCCUGGGGCUGAAGGACGGCGAGUCUGAGCUCGUUGUCACGGGAAGCUACGAUGAUCACAUCCGGCUCUUUUCUAUCCCGGCCUACGGCUUUGGGCGGGCUGUCGAGCUAGCAGAAAGUAACCUCGGAGGAGGCGUAUGGAGGUUGAAGAUUGUCAAGAAAGAGAUGGGCCUCUUGGAUGGGCAGGGCUGGCGCUUGACGAUGCUGGUGUCGUGUAUGCAUGCGGGUACGCGGGUUGUCGAGCUCUCCAAUAGCGGCGCUGGGGAGUAUGAGUUCCUAGUGACUGGGAGGUUUGAGGAGCACAAGAGCAUGAACUAUGGCAGUGAUUGUCAGCUGAGCGCGGAGGGAACCCUCGCGGUCGUAUCGACGAGUUUUUAUGACAAGCUGUUGUGUCUUUGGAAGCUUGAGCUUGGGGCUUGAAGAACAAAGGCGAACAAUGUGCCUAGACUAUCCUGGCCAGGGUGAGGAUACGACAUGUCUACAUAGAUAGUGUCGACAGUAAAGUCAACCAGAAGGAUUCGAAGG